AUUAUCUUGAGAAAAAAUCGAAAAAAUCUUCAUGGUGUUCAGCCAUACUAGAUUCGCAUUGUGAUUUCAUCAUAAAGAGUAGGCGUGUGUAAAAAGUAUAUUGUCUUGUGCAAAGGUCCUUCUUACAGUAAAAUAGGCCAUUUCAUGGAUUCUGUAAUAACCCCAAGCGGAUUUGAAUAGGGGAGGUUAAUACGACACAUAGUUUCUUUCUUCCCUUCAAUUCCUAUGUUCACCUCCAAGCGGGCUAGAUGCCUGGUAGACCAGUCCCCUCCCCAAUACACUCAGAGAGGAUUGGGCGAGGGGUUAACAACUACUCCCCGUAAAAUCAAUAUUGUUACCAAAACUCGCAAAUAGCCUCCAAUACGACGGACGUUUCGACAGCUACUGUCCCACGUUUCUGGAGCGAGCUGACGGAGAGUCACCAGGACUGAAGGAGGUUAGUGCGAAAAACCAGGUUCCUUAAACGGACGUUGCAACCACCUAAAACAUUUUACAACAACAAUGGAAGAUAAAAAAGAAGAGGAUAUAGUUUUAAUGGAACAUUUUGUGAAGGAGGAAUAUUCUAUUAGUGAAGGAACAUCUUCUUACAUAAAAAAAGAACCUGCGAACACUGAAGAUGAAGAAAAUAAACGGAACAUGAUUAAAUUUGAGAUUCUAGAAGUUGAUCCAGAAGUUAAAUCGAAAAAGAAAAAGCAUACUUGCCUGAUUUGCAACAAGACUUUCUCAAGAAGUGAUGGAUUGAGAAAUCAUAUGGAUGUACACAAUGAUAUCAAAUAUUCCUGUGCUCACUGUCCCAAAACAUUUAUUACAAAGGAAAAACUAAAAACUCACAUUCAAUUAAACCACGUUGAUAAACGUUCUGACCCUUGCAAGAUUUGCAAACAAAUAUUUAAGAGUAAUGUCCGUCUUAAGAUUCAUAUGAGAGAUAUUCACAACGUAAGGCGAGUUACACAUGAAUGCAGUACCUGCGGCAAGAAAUUUUUUUCUGAACAAGCCUUGCAGCUUCAUAUCAGAAGAGCUCACGAAAAAAAUAUUGUGAAGGUGUUGUUUUGCUCAAAGUGUAAUAAACCAUUUAAAAGAGAAUACAACUACAAAGUGCAUAUGGAAAAUCACGUAAAAUCAAAAAAGGGAUUUGAGUGUAAUAUUUGCUUCAGGAUAUUAGCAAGCAAACGCACUUUGAGAAGACACAAGCCUACUCAUACAAACGAAAAACCCUUCAUUUGCAAAAUUUGCAACAAAUCAUUUAGAGAUAAAUUUUUCUUAAAAAGUCAUAUGAAUUCUGUCCAUGUGACUUUUACCGAGGAUCCUCUUAAAUGUGUAUACUGUAGUAAAACGUUCAUGAAAAUUGGAGGUCUGAGGACUCACAACAAAAGGCUGCACCGUGGCCUUCCUUUAAGAGGUGAUUCAACUACAUGCACUAUCAAGAAGUGCAGUAGGGUAUUUGAUACUCUUGACGAAUUGAAGGAACAUGUAAAGACCCAUUCAAUUGAAAAACCCUUUCAAUGUGGGACGUGUCAAAUGUCGUUUCAGCAUCAAUACACUUUGCUGAGACACAUUAAUUUGUCUUAUACGAAAGACAAUAAAAAUAAUGAUAUAAGAAAAUUCGCCUGUAGCAUUUGCUGCAAGAGAUUUAUUGAAAAGGAUCUUCUUAAAAAGCACAUGGACAAGCAUAGUAUCGAGAGACGAUAUAAAUGUGACCAAUGUUCCAGUUCUUUUAAACAUUCCCGCUUCUUGGCUCGUCAUAAAUUUAUGCAUUCAAAGCCCACAAAAGAAGAAUACGUAAAAUGUCUCUAUUGCAAUAAGGAGUAUUGUCGAAAAGAUUAUUGCGCUCAGCAUAUUAAAAUUUGCCACCCUGGUCUACCUACUGAACUUACAGGUGAUGUUAUCAAGUGCUCAAUUUGUAUGCAGACCUUCAAAAAUCUAGUUGAUGUAAGAAAGCAUUCUCAGACUCACAAAAAACUUUUGGAAUGUGAAUUUUGUCUCUUGAAAAUCAGAAGUGAAUUUGGAUUAGAGACACAUAUAAAUAAAUUACAUACGGAUGUAUUACCAAGCGAAGACGAAGAAGGGACUUUUGAAUGUCCCACUUGUGUUAAGAAGUUUACAACGAGUAGAAUUCUUGAAAGUCAUUUGAUCAUUCAUAAAAGACCAUUUAUGUGUGCUAUAUGUUCAUAUUCAUUUUCAAGUAAAAUUCUAUUGAAUAAGCAUGUAAUCACACAUCGAAAAUACAAACCCUAUGGCUGUAGUCUUUGCCACAAAAAAUUUGAUUUCAUAAGUGAGCUUAAGAAACAUAAAGUAAUUCAUAAUAAAUCUUUUGUAUGCUCCAUUUGUCGUCGAAAAUUUAAACUAAAAAAAAAUCUCAAGCAACAUAUAUUAAUAAAGCACACUUCUACAAAUCUACUUAAACCAUCAAAUAAUGAAAUACAAAACUACGAAUUGAAAGAUGAGGAAUUCAAAGGCCACAUUGCAGAUCAAGAAAAGCUCUUGAGUGCUAAGGCAGAAGAUGAUUCUUCAGCUUUCGCAACCCAUCAAAAGAUUGAAACAAUUUUCAUAAAAGUUGAAAAGGGCAUUGUUAAAGAAGAAAACGAAUAAACAAUAUUUUUGUUAUCGUAAAAUCGUAAAAAUAAUGUCAUCCCUUUCAUAACUAUGAUAUAAAAAGAAAGAGAAUUAAUUAAGGACAAAAAAUUAAUGUUAAAUUGAAGAACAAGACUUUAGAAUUUCUGGGGUUCAGCUUGUAAAGAAAAAUCAUGGAUGGUAGCCGCUAAGUAGCCGAAUAUGGCGCAUAGAAAUAUGGCUGGCCACUAUCUACAUACAACACAAUCAAACAAUGUAAUGCGUUCUACUAAAGAGGAAUCAUAACUUGUAUAAAACAUAUAAGGGGUAAUUAAGAAGUUCUAUUAUGUAUUUUUAUAUCUUAUCUUGAUUAUUGCCUUUUUAUAAUUUAAAGUUGGCAUCUUAAUAUUAGAACAUGUUCUACAUUUCUUUUAUUCAUUAUAUUUUUUCGAUUUUAAAUACCUAAAAUUAAUAUUUAUCUUAAUCACUUUCUUUUAUAAGAUAUGUUUUCAAGUAACGGUAUCUGAAUAAAUUUUAUGCAAAAAAUUGAAAUGAAAAAUGAAUCAUACUUUAUAAAGAAUCUCAGCUAUCA